GGAACCCGCUGCCCGCCUGCAUCCGCUUCCAGCUCCGCCCCGCCCUCGGUUCGCUCCGGUUUCGCUUCGGAUCCGCUCCGCGGCUGUUGCCCGUCGCCCGCCGGAGCUACAAAUGUUAAGCUGAACCAUGAGUUUCGCAUUGCAUGAUCUACUUAUGUGCUGUCGUCGCCUUGAAAAUGAGAGAGCUACAGAGCGAAGGAAUGAAAUUGAAAAUUUCAAGCGACUCCUCCGUGAUCCUGGAACAGUUCUCCGGCUGGACCAGAAUUCUGAUUCUGGACACGGAAACCAACUCAACUGGGAUGCCGUAUUUAGUGUCUUGAAGAAAUAUUUCCAGAAAGAAAUGGAAAACCUCAGACUGACAAAACCAAAUGCAUCUGCUUCAACCCAAAGUUCCAGACAGAAGAGGAUGCAAGAGAUUGGCAGCCUGGUCAAAUAUUUCAUCAGACGUGCUAAUAGAAGAGGACCCAGACUGGAAUGCCAGGAACUUCUGAAUUAUGUCUUGCAAAUUAUAAAAGAUCCAACAAGUUGUGCUGCUUAUGGCUCUGACUGUAGUAGUAUACUCCUAAAAGAUAUCCUCUCAGUAAGGAAGUAUUGGUGUGAGAUACACCAGCAACAGUGGCCAGAUCUGCUGAUGCUGUAUGGACAAUUUUACCUUACACCUUCUGGGAAGAUGAAUAGAGUCUUGGUGGCUAGGAUAAUUCACACACUAGUGAGGGGAUAUUGCUUCCAGACUGAUGAGUUGAAAUGUGAUGUGUUUAACUUCUUUUCAAGAGCAAUGCAGUGUGCGAGGCAAGACAGAAAUAUUGCGGGCCUGGAUCAUAUUAUUGCAGCAAUGAAUAUCUUCUUCAAUACAUUUGCUGUUAACUGUCGCAAACGGAUUUGUAAAAUUGGAGAAGAAAUUUUGCCUACAGUGCUUUAUAUAUGGACUCAGUAUAGACCAAAAGAUUCCUUGAAGGAAUCAAUAAUUGAGUUAUUUCGUCUCCAAGUUCAUAUGCAUCAUCCAAAGGGUGCAAAAUCUCAGGAAAAAGGUGCAUAUGACUCAAAAAAAUGGCAAAAUAUCUUACAUAACCUAUAUGAUUUGCUGGUGAAUGAAAUAAAUCUCAUAGGCAGUAGAGGAAAGUAUUCUUCAGGCUCAAGAACUAUUGCUGUGAAGGAAAAUUUGAUUGGAUUAAUGGCUGAUAUUUGUCAUCAGGUAUUUACAGAGGAUACAAAAGUUCUGGAAAUUACCCAGUCGUAUACCGUUUCGCAGUCCAGUGAUGAAACAGUACCAAGCAAGCGCAGGAGGAUUGAACUAGACUGGGAGGUAAUUCGAGAAAACCUGCAAAGAUCACAGAAGGAUUUUGAUGUCAUACCUUGGUUACAGAUUACAACUCGAUUACUAUCAAAGUAUCCCAUGAGUCUUCCUAACUGCGAGCUACCUCCCUUACUCAAUAUACUUCACCAGUUACUGCCUCAGCAGCGACGUGGAGAAAGGACCCCUUAUGUGCUGAAGUGUCUUAAAGAGGUAGCUUUGUGUCAAAACCAGAAAACUGAUUUGAAAAGCACCUACAAGUUAGAGCUCAAGAGAACCUGGGCAAAAGUUUGGUCUCUUACCAUUCGUAGCGUAAGUUUUCAGCAAAUUGAAGUGGAGAGCUUUGGGUUACUUGGAGCUAUGAUUCAAGGAAACCUUGUUGUAACAGAUAAAGAACUUUGGAAGAUAUUUUCAGGACCUCCAUUGAAACCUUCAAGUUCUGCAGUAUGUUGUUUAGCAUUACUGAUGUCUGCCUAUUCAGUGCCAGAAAAUUUGGACAUAGGAAUGGAUCAGAGUAAUUGUGAAAGAAAUCUGGUUUCUGUAUUAAAGGAGGCAAUAAUGAAAUGGGUACUGUCCUGCUGUUUGGAGGAAGAAAUGGAAGAAUGUCUGAAGUUGCCUCCUGUGCUCUGCAGUGAUUUUCCUCAUCUUAUGAUACAAAAAAUUCUUGUGAGCCUUACAAUGAAGAACAGUAAAGCUGCUAUGAUUUUUUUCCAAAAUGAUGCUAAAUGUGUGCAGCACUUCCAAGGAAAAGAAGAAAGCGAUUUUUCUGACGUUGAAGAGCUGUAUCUACAGACAACAUUUGAUGAAAUGGAUAUUUUCACUAACUUUGCAGUAAACGUUGCAGAUAAAAAUGUGACUGGUUCAAGACUUGCCAUCAACCAAAAUCUUAGGGAAACACUGGAGUACUGCCUUUCAACAAUGUCAGAAAAGCUUUUAAGCAGCUAUGCUCCUGAGUCUAGGCUUGUUGCUGCUGAACAUCUUGUUCGAUGUGUCAGUCUCUCAAUUGGUGUUCUUGGCUGCUAUUGCUACACUGGUUUAUUUACAGAAGAGGAUGCCUGUAAAUCAGAGUUGUUCCAGAAAGCUAAGUCUCUCAUUCAUUAUGCUGGAGAAAGCAUUUCUAACUCAAGAAAGAAACUAAAUGAAGAUGCCCAGAUCAACUCACUGAGGACUUUGAUAAUGCAGUGUACAAAAUGUUUGUGCAAUUGUACCAAGAACAGUGCUAAUAAGAUGCUGUCCAAUUUAUUCCUGCGUUUGUUAACAUCAAAAUUUAUGAAUGAUCUUGUAGAUAUUUGCAAAAAUCUGAUGACAUUUACUGGAAAACCAAGUGACUUAGGAGAAGGGGAUGUAGUGGGGCAUGAUCCUGAGGAGAGUAUAAUGGAAGCAGAUAACCAGGUAUCUGAUAAUCUAUUUGAUGGUCAUUCAGUGACUGACAUCAGUGGUACAAAUGAAUCUGGUGACAUGCAAAAUGUAACAGGUGCUGUUAGUCCAUUAGCUGAAGAACAGUUGACAAAGCAGGAUUUACUCCUCCUUGAAAUUUUGAGGUUCUUAUGUAUUUGUGCAACUACAGUCCAAACUCGGACAGUGAGCUUCCGAGCCUCUGAUAUACGGAGGAAGCUGUUAAUGUUAACUGAUCGGAGUGUCUUUGACAGUGCUAAGCCAUUGCAUCUGCACAUGUACUUGGUCCUUUUGAAGGAGCUUCCUACUGAAGAAAACCUCUUGCCUGAAGAUGAAGUUCUUAUGCUUCUUAGACCUCUUUCUGCUGUGUGUUCCUUUUACCGUCGAGAUCAAGACGUUUGUAAAGUAAUUCUAAACAAUUUGCUGCCUAUAGCAGUAAGUUUGGGCCAGUCCAGCGCACAUGCAGAAGAGACAGGAGAUGCUCAAGGGCAAUUUUUGACAAUUAUUGGAGCCUUUUGGAAGCUAUCUCAAGGAAAGAGAUGCACGGCACCAGUAAGAGUAGCGCUUUUAAACUGCAUGAAAGCCCUGCUAGAGGCUGAUCCUUAUUCCAAGUGGGCUAUCCUUAACGUAAAAGAUGGAGAUCUUCCUGUGUGUGAUGCUUUCCCACAUUUUCUCGCAGAUAGUCACCAUCAAGUUUGCAUUCUUGCUGCAAAGUCAAUUACCAGUUUGUUUCAAGACGUGAAACAGAAAGAUUCUUCUGGAUUGUCAAAACCUCUUCCCUUGAAGCUCCAGCAAAAGGCUUUUGAGAAUGCCUAUCUCAGAGUUCAGGAAGGAAUGAGCAAUCUGGUUAGUGGCGAUGCAAGUUCUGAAGAUCUUUUGGAUAAGCAGUGUAAUAGAAAAGCAGUUUUGCUGAUGCUUGUAACCAUGGUUCUGUGCUGCAGCCCUGUAUGCGAAAAGCAAGCUUUGUUUGCUAUUUGCCAGUCUGUGAAAGAGAAUGGGUUAGAACUUCACCUUGUGAAAAAGGUUUUGAAAAAAGUAUCUGACAUUUUUGGCUAUAAAAGUAUAGAAGACUUCAUGACAUCACAUUUAGACUAUUUGGUGGUGGAGUGGCUGAAAAUAAAUGACAGUGGAUACAACCUGUCUGCCUUUCCUUACAUUCUUCUGAACUAUACUAGCCUUGAGGAAUUCUACAGGUCUUGUUACAAAGUUUUGGUUCCACACCUGGUCAUUAGAAGUCAAUUUGAAGAUGUGAAAUCACUGGCCAACAAGAUUGAAAAAGACUGGAGGCAGGUUUUGGCAGACUGUUUUCCAAAGAUACUUGUGAAUAUCCUCCCGUAUUUUGCCUAUCAAAGCCAUGGAAAGAGUGAAGUAGCAGAGCAAAGAGAUACAGCUUCUAAAGUCUAUGACGUGCUUAAGGAUGAAGACUGCUUAGGGAAACAGGAAAUUGACAGUUUAUCUCAUAAUAAUUUAUCAGAAAUUGUGGUUGAACUGUUGAUGACCUUACAUGAGCCACUUAAUGAGGAGGGUGAAGGGUCUCAUCUGAGUAAAUACAUAGGGGAACUGGAUCCUUCGCCUAAUCCUCCUCAUUUUCCAUCUUACGUGAUUAAGGCAACCUUGGACUAUAUUAGCAGCUGUCAUAAAAGCAAAUUAAAAAGUCUUGUAGCCGUUCUUACUAAAAGCCCUGAUUCAUUCCAGAAAAUUCUUCUAGCCCUUUGUAAACAUGCAUCAGAUACAAACAACGUCUACAAGAGACACAGAGUUCUUAUAAUAUAUCAUUUCUUCGUUAGUCUGUUACUUAAAGAGAUAAAAGAUGGUUUAGGAGGAGCAUGGGCUUUUGUCCUCCGUGAUGUAAUUUAUACCCUGAUUCACCACAUCAACAGCAGACCUGUUAUCAGAGACAUAUCCGUGCGUAGCUUCUCACUCUGUUGUGAUCUUCUUCAUCAUGUUUGCCACACAGCAGUUACAUGUUGCAAUGAUGCUCUAGGGAGCCACCUCCAUGUUAUUGUAGGAACACUAACACCUCUUGCUGUGGACCAACCUAAGAUUCAGCAACAGGUCCUAGGCUUAUUGAAGUAUCUGGUGAUAGACAAUAAGGAUAAUGAAAAUCUGUACCAUGCAAUCAAACGCUUAGAUCCUUUUCCUGAAUAUUCCGCUUUUAAAGAUUUGCGAUCAACUCAGCAGAAGAUAAAAUACAGUAAAGGACCAUAUUCUCUUUUGGAGGAAAUGAAUCACUUUCUCUCAGUUAGUGCUUGUGAUUCACUGCCCUUAACACGACUUGAAGGACUGUAUGAUUUACGCAAACAGUUGGAACGAUAUAAAGAUCAGAUGAAGGAUCUCCUGAAAAUUUUCCAGGAAAAACCAGAAGAUUCUGUAAUAGUGAAACUGGUGGUGAGCUUACUGCAGCUGUCCAAGAAGGCAUUUAAUCAUGCAGGUGAAAAAGCAGUGCUGGAGGCUGUUGGAAGUUGCUUGGGAGAAAUAGGUCCCAUGGAUUUCUCUACCAUAGCUCUUCGGCAUGCUGAAAAUGCACUGGAUUCUAAAGCAGUGGACUUACUUGAAGAUAAAAAGCUUCAGUGUGUCUUUAUAAUGUUAACUCAAAUAAAUACUGCUUUAACAGAUAAUUGUAUUGAUGUUAGAGCUGCUGCUGUUUCCUGUUUGAAAAACAUAUUAGCCACCAAGUCUGGCACUGAAUUUUGGGAAGUUUAUAAAAAAAGAGGUGAUCCCAUGUUAAUCUAUCUACAGCCUUUCAGAAUGUCUAGGAAAAAGCUUUUUGAACUACCAACUAACAAUUCAGAGGCUUCUUUAGAAACUUUGGAUGACGCAAACCUGUGGCUUCCUCUGGGAGAAAGUCAUGAGACCUGGAUCAAGAGCCUUACCCGUUCAAUACUGGACAGUGGAGGUGUACAAAAUGAAGUUCUCCAGUUAAUGAAGCCACUGUGUGAGGUGAAAACAGACUUGUGUCAAACUUUGCUUCCAUACCUGAUUCAUGAUAUCCUUCUUCAUGAUUCAAAUGAAUCUUGGCGAAAUCUUUUGUCAGUUCAUGUCCAAAAGUUUUUUACAGCCUGUUGCAGAUUUGUCUCUUCAAGUAGAUCAGCUACACCACCAAGUUCUGACUCAGAGCAAGAAAACCAGGUUUUCAGAAGUCUGGAUAAAGUAUCUCGACGAACCAUGCUUGCUGUUGUUAAUUACUUAAGAAGGCAAAAGAGAUCUGUUUCAGGUACAGUUUUUGAUGACAGUUUCUGGCUAGAUCUGAAUUAUCUUGAGGUUGCUGUAGCAGCACAGUCGUGUGCUGCUCACUUCACAGCCUUGCUCUAUGCAGAAAUCUACGCAGACAAGAUAAAUAUAGACAAACAGCAGGAAAGGUCUUCUUUUAAAAAAGCUAAAAGUUUGACAUUUGAAGAAGAAAGUCAAAGAACAGCUAUUACUAUUCUGAAUGAAAAAAGUAAAGAAACUGGCAUAAGCUUACAGGAUCUUCUCAUGGACAUAUAUAAAAGCAUUGGAGAGCCUGACAGUCUCUAUGGCUGUGGUGGAGGAAGAAUGUUACAGCCAUUAGCACGGAUAAGAACAUAUGAGCACGAAGCAGUAUGGGAAAAAGCUCUUCUAACGUAUGACCUUGAGGCAACCCUCUCUCCAUCUACUUGCCACGCAGGGAUAAUAGAGGCUUUGCAGAAUUUUGGGCUUUGCCACACUCUUUCCAUGUAUCUAAAAGGACUGAAACAUGAAAACACCGAGCGGUGUGCAGAACUACAGGAAAUACAAUACCAGGCAGCGUGGAGGAAUAUGCAGUGGGACCAAAUCUCUUCUGUCAUAGAUGAGACAGGAGGAUUGGGGUACCACAAGUCAUUGUAUGAUGCUCUUCAGUCUUUACGAGAUAAGGAAUUCUCUGUUUUUUAUGACACUCUUAAAGAUGCAAGGGUGAAUGAAGUGGAAGAGCUAUGCAGAGGCAGUCUCGAGUCUGUGUAUUCUUUAUAUCCAACUCUUUGCAGACUACAGCUAAUUGGAGAGUUGGAAAAUAUAGGUCCUGUAUUUUCCAGAUCUUCUACUACUCAACAACUGAAUGAUAUUUAUUUGAAAUGGCAGAGACAGUCCCAUCUUCUCAAGGACAGUGACUUCCGUUUCCAGGAACCUAUCAUGGCUCUGCGCACUGUAAUUUUGGAGAUCUUGCUUGAAAAGGAGGAUGAAAAUACUAAAAGAGAAUGUAUUAAAGACAUCCUUACCAAGCAUCUAGUGGAGCUCUCUAAAUUGUCAAGAACUGCUAAUAAUACACAGCUUCCAGAAAGAGCUAUGUUUCAGAUCAAACAGUAUAAUACAAAGCAAUAUGGAGUUUAUGAAUGGCAACUAGAAGAAGCUCAGGUUUUCUGGGCUAAAAAGGAAGAGAGCCUUGCACUGAAUAUUCUUAAAGGACUGAUAAAAAAAUUAGAUGCUGAUUGGUUUCAGGUGGAGAAUAAUCCUCAUCUGAAAUUGAUGUAUACAGAGUGUCUGAGGCUAUGUGGAACCUGGUUAGCAGAAACGUGCUUGGAAAACCCUACAGUCAUCAUGCGGAAAUACUUAGAAAAAGCUGUGGAAAUUGCUGCAAGCCACAGUGGAGACAACAGUGAUGAGAUGAAGAAUGGAAAGAUGAAGGCUUUCCUGUCUUUGGCUCGUUUCUCAGAUAAUCAGUACCAGCGAAUUGAGAAUUACAUGAAAUCCUCAGAGUUUGAAAACAAGCAGGCAUUACUGAAAAAAGCCAAGGAGGAGGUUGGCCUCCUGAGAGAGCACAGAGUUGAGAGAAACAGAUAUACAGUGAAGGUUCAGCGAGAGCUUGAUCUGGAUGAAUGUGCCAUACAUGCCCUAACUGAGGAUCGUAAAAAUUUCUUGUGUAAAGCAGUGGAGAACUAUAUCAGCUGUUUGCUAAGCGGAGAAGAACACGAUAUGUGGAUCUUCCGACUCUGUUCCCUGUGGCUUGAAAAUUCUGGAGUUGAUAGAGUCAAUGAAAUGAUGAAGAAAAAUGCAGAGAAAAUCCCUUCAUACAAGUUUUUGCCUCUGAUGUACCAACUGGCUGCUCGAAUGGGAACCAAGAUGAUGGGUGGUCUAGGAUUUCAUGAAGUUCUGAAUAAUCUGAUGUCUAGAAUUUCACUGGAUCAUCCACAUCAUUCUUUGUUUAUAAUAUUGGCUUUGGCAAAUGCUAACAAAGAUGAUCUGCUGACAAAACCAGAUUCAACUAGAAGAAAUAAGUUAAUUAAAACUGCACCAAAAGAAAUCUCCCAGCUUGAUGUGGACAGGAUGGAGGCUGCUAGCAAUAUAAUCAAUAUCAUAAGAAAAAGGAGAGCUCGUAUGGUUAGAGAUAUUGAAACCCUUUGUGAUGCUUACAUCAUAUUAGCAAAUGUAGAUGCUAGUCCAUGGAAAUCUCAAAGAAAAGGAAUAAGUAUUCCAGCUGACCAGCCAAUUACUAAACUGAAAAACCUGGAGGAUGUUGUUGUCCCUACUAUGGAAAUUAAGGUGGAUCCCACAGGAAGAUAUGAAAAUUUGGUGACAAUAAGGUCUUUUAAGCCAGAAUUUCACUUAGCAGGAGGCCUGAAUCUGCCUAAAAUAAUAGAUUGUGUAGGAUCAGAUGGUAAAGAAAGGAGGCAGCUGGUUAAGGGACGUGAUGAUCUGAGACAAGAUGCUGUUAUGCAACAGGUUUUCCAGAUGUGUAAUACAUUGCUCCAGCAAAACACUGAAACACGAAAGAGAAAAUUAGCUAUCCGAAGAUACAAGGUAGUUCCCCUUUCUCAGAAAAGUGGUGUUCUGGAGUGGUGCUCAGGAACAACUCCCCUUGGGGAGUUCCUUGUGAAUAUCGAGGAGGGAGCUCACAAGAGAUACAGGCCUAAAGAUUACUCAAGUUACCAGUGCCAGAAGAUAAUGAUGGAUGCGCAGAAGAAACAUUCUGAAGAGAAAUACAACAUCUUCAUGAAGGUCUGUGAGAAUUUUCAACCUGUGUUUCGUUACUUCUGCAUGGAAAAAUUCCUGGAUCCAGCUGUGUGGUUUGAAAAACGGUUGGCAUACACUCGCAGCGUGGCUACUUCUUCUAUAGUCGGCUACAUACUUGGACUUGGAGACAGACAUGUUCAUAACAUCCUGAUAGAUGAACAAACUGCAGAACUAGUGCAUAUAGAUUUGGGAGUUGCUUUUGAGCAAGGUAAAAUCCUUCCCACACCAGAGACUGUUCCAUUUAGAUUAACCAGGGAUAUUGUAGACGGAAUGGGUAUUACUGGAGUGGAAGGAGUCUUCAGAAGAUGCUGUGAGAAAACAAUGGCUGUUAUGAGAAAUUCUCAAGAAGCUUUGCUGACCAUUGUAGAGGUGCUGCUCUAUGAUCCCCUCUUUGACUGGACCAUGAACCCCUUGAAAGCUUUGUAUUUGCAGCAGAGACCAGAGGAUGAGGCUGACAUGAGCUCCACACUCGGCGCUGAUCCACAAGAAUGUAAAAGAAAAGCCAGUGAUGACCAGAGUUUUAACAAAGUGGCUGAACGCGUCCUGAUGAGACUUCAGGAGAAGCUGAAAGGCGUUGAGGAGGGAACGGUGCUCAGUGUGGGAGGGCAGGUGAACCUCCUCAUCCAGCAAGCCAUGGACCCUAAAAACCUGAGCCAACUCUUUCCGGGAUGGAAACCCUGGGUGUGACUUGGGAGGUUCUAGUAUGCUGUUAGAAGAAACCUAUUUUUAAGCAGCAAGUGUCUGAACAUUUCAAGUUUCUAUUUCCCAAUUAAACAUUGGAUCAGGUCAACUCUAAAGGUUUAUACGUAUUAGUAUUAGGUGGAUGCUUUGGGGAUGGCGUGUUUUUUUUUCUCAAGAACCUGUUACCAAGAAAGCAUUCUGUUUUUCCUCCACUUACGUUCACCAUACAGUACAAAACAGCCAGUACUGUGACAUUCCUUAUGACUUGCAAGGACUUUGCUCAGGCACACUGGAUGCAUAGUGUUCUUUACCCUGAGAUUCUUCACCUUUGUCUAGCUGUUAAAUAGCUAGUCUGGCGUACGAUAAUCCAGUAUGGUGACAUGGCUGGUCUGAAAACCAGGAGUCAUGAAACAACUAGAUAAAGUACAUUUCAAAAGGGAGGGGGCAUGCUUUAAAGGUAAUGCUUUAAUGACACUUGACAAAAGUGUAGAAGAAAACAAGAGAACUUUAUGUUUAAAGACUUGAAAGUUGUUUUUUUUUUAGCUUUGUUAAAUGGACAAUUUUUUAUAGAGAUAAGGUCAUUGAGUCAAGUGUAAUACUGCUGUUUUUUCAUGUUGAAAUUAUGCUUGUACCUAAUUUUUAUAGCGUUUCUUUAAUACUAUGAAACAAAAAAAAUCUUAGUUUUUGUAACUCUGACUCCUGUGACUGACUGUACAGUGAAGCCCAGCAUCCUAGCAUACGAGCUAACCCCUCUAAAGUAAACAGUCAUUCAGUAUCUGGAAUACCUUUCAGAAACAUUGAAGUUUCAUUUUGAGCACACACACAAAAAGAUUCUGAAUGUACACAUUUUUACAGAAGGCAUUGCUUCUUUUGAAAUAAAAAAUAAUAAUGAAAAGGAUAGUCUGUGAAUAUUGAUAAUGGAAGAAUCCCCUCAAAUGAGUGUCAAUGGUAUAUUUAAUAAAUCUUUCUGAAUCAUCUCUCUAUAAAAAUAUGAAUAAAAAUUGGUGUACUCUCACAUUAUCCUAGUUUACACUUUAUGCAUUUUUGCAGCGGUGUAAGUGAGGAAUUUCUGGUCUCAUUAACAUUUCACUGGUGUUUAUUUUAUUCUCACAAUUUUGAUGCUGCUUCUUUGUUUUAUAUGUUAUUGUCAACAUAGCAAGAUGAAUCUUUUGUAUUUUGUUUUCAUUAAGUUGGCAUAAAUUUCUGUUUAUGUUCGGAACCAAAUGUGUGUCCUGUUUUUUCUCUGACAAGUAACUCAUGCAGGAAUACAGUGAUGUGUUCUCUGAAAAUUAAACUUAUGUGACAAGUCAGAAAGGACUGAACAAAAAACACUUGAAGAGUUUUUACUUUUAAGCAUGGAGUAAAAAAAUCCAAUAUUGUUAUAGAAUUUUUUCCUCAUACUUCUUAUAGUGGAAAUUCUAUGGGCUUUUUUGUUUGUUUUCUGUAUUAAAGCUCUAGCUAAUCAUAC